GCGACUUGCAGAGAGCGUGCACACUUUCUCACUUCUCGCACGUUUUGUUCGGGGGGAACAACCAGGGGCUCCAGGGGAUCAGUCAGCGACCCAUUUCACCGCCGACCCUCAAAGAAAGGUACACCCUCCGCACCAUGGUGAACCAGGUCCAGCGGGUGGACGGCAGCUGGCAGACCAGCAAGAGCGAUUCCAGCGGGGCGAGCAACAGCGGCGAGAGCUCCAAGGAGAGUUCCCGGUGCUCCACCCCCUUGCUGGACGCCGACCGCUCGGAUCGGCUGCGGGAGAAGAUGCGCAAGAGGAUGGAGUCGGGAGAUCCCUGGUUCUCACUGGAGUUCUUCCCCCCUCGCACCAACAGUGGAGCUGUCAAUCUCAUCUCUAGGUUCGACCGCAUGGGCUCCGGGGGGCCCCUGUUCAUCGACAUCACCUGGCACCCGGCGGGAGACCCGGGCUCCAACAAGGAGACGUCCUCCAUGAUGAUCGCCAGCACGGCGGUCAACUACUGCGGCCUGGAGAGUGUCCUGCACCUGACCUGCUCUAACCAGAGCCAGGAGACCAUCACCGGCUACCUGACCAAGGCCAAGCAGCUGGGCCUGAAGAACAUCAUGGCUCUCCGGGGAGACCCAUUGGGAACCGACUGGGAGGACGAGGAGGAGGGCUUCAACUACGCCACUGACCUUGUCAAACACAUCCGCUCCGAGUUCGACGACUACUUCGACAUCUGCGUCGCCGGAUACCCCACAGGCCACCCUGAAGCCCAGAGCUACGCGGAGGACCUGCAGCACCUGAAGGAGAAGGUGGACGCGGGCGCUGACUUCAUCAUCACGCAGCUGUUCUUCCGCGCCGACACCUUCCUCAAGUUCCUGCGGGACUGCCGCGCCAUCGGCAUCACCGUCCCCAUCCUGCCGGGGGUCUUCCCCAUCCAGGGCUACCAGUCGCUGCGGCAGCUGGUGAAGCUGUCCAAGCUGGAGGUGCCGGAGGAGAUCAUGGAGGUGAUCGAGCCCAUCAAGGACAACGACGCGGCCAUCCGCAGCUACGGCAUCCACCAGGCGGUGGAGAUGUGCCGCGUGCUGCUGGACAGCGGGGUGGUGCCCGGCCUGCACUUCUACACGCUGAACCGUGAGGUGGCCACCACAGAGGUGCUGCGGCAGCUGGGCCUCUGGAUAGAAGACCCAAGACGGCCUCUUCCCUGGGCCACGAGCGCCAACCCCAAGCGGAAGGUGGAGGACGUGCGGCCCAUCUUCUGGGCCUCCAGACCCAAGAGCUACAUCUACCGCACCCAGGACUGGGACGACUUCCCCAACGGUCGAUGGGGUAACUCUUCGUCCCCGGCGUUCGGCGAGCUGAACGACUACUACCUGUUCUACCUCAAGAGCAAGUCGUCCAAAGACGCCCUGCUGAAGAUGUGGGGCGAGGAGCUGACCAGCGAGACCAGUGUCUUCGAGGUUUUCACCAGCUACAUCACGGCGCAGGUCAACCGCGGCGGGCACAAGGUGAUGUGUCUGCCGUGGAACGACGACGCGUUGGCCACGGAGACCAACCUGCUGAAGGACGAGCUGGAGAAGGUGAACCGCCGGGGUGUCCUGACCAUCAACUCCCAGCCCAACAUCAACGGGAAGCCCUCCUCGGACCCCAUCGCUGGCUGGGGCCCCGCCGGGGGCUAUGUCUUCCAAAAGGCCUACCUGGAGUUCUUCACCUCCAGUGAAAAUGUAACCGCGCUCCUCAAGGUGCUGAAGAAGUACGAGCCCCGCGUCAACUACCACAUCGUCAACGUGCAGGGCCAUAAUCUGACCAACGCCCAGGACAUGCAGCCCAACGCGGUCACCUGGGGGAUCUUCCCAGGGCGGGAGAUCGUCCAGCCCACCGUGGUGGACCCCGUCAGCUUCAUGUACUGGAAGGACGAGGCCUUCGCCCUGUGGAUCGAGCAGUGGGCCAAGCUGUACGAGGACGAGUCGCCCUCGCGCAUGAUCAUCAAGUACAUCCACGACAACUACUUCCUGGUCAACCUGGUGGACAACGACUUCCCGCUGGACAGCUGCCUGUGGCAGGUCCUGGACGACAUGUUUGAGCUGCUGGACGCGCCCCCCGAGGUGGUUGGGGACGGGGCUCUCGCGCCGGUCGCCCUUGGCGACGGGGCUCUCGCGCCGGUCGGCCUAGGCGACGGGGCCCUCGAGCCUGUGGUCGGUGACGGAGCCCCCCAGCCGCUCUCGGCUUCCCAAUAACGUUGGCACCUUUUCGUUACGUUGCAGCAUUACAUUAUUUAAGUUUUACGUUACAUUCGCGUGUUUAUACAACCGUUUCUUUUUGUCGGGAGGAAAGCUGGUCGGUGGAGGAACCGUUUUCAUCAUGGCGUUUACUUUCUUCGUGUAUGUUUUCACAGUUUUCUUUUUUAUUUGGGAGGAGACGGGCGCAGUGGUUGUACAACAAUACUGACGGAUCGUUGUUGUUUUUUUGUGUUUCGUUUUUAUUUAUUUUUUUUACCCCAGCCUUCGAUUUGUGCAAAGUUCUCAAUGCACGUAGUGCAUAAUAGUUUAGUUGUUCGUGACUAUAUAUAAAUAUAUCUCUAUCGUCUAUUCAAAAAAUAUAUUUUUAAGUACCAUGGGAUGGAUUAAAUUGUAUCUCGAAAUGUAAAUAACGCCACAACGGCUCAGCAUCUAAACUUGGCAACGAAAACCACAUUCAGAAGGCGCUUUAUUAAUUAGCUUCUACUCAUCUAAGUGUCAUUUUUAAAGCUUGAAAUUUAAAUAAGCUUAAACCAAGGGAUAACUUAAUGACAUCAAUCAGAUCAACCAUAUAUAUAUUUUUGUAAAGGUUUACAGAUGGUUUGAUGAGCUAAGACGCACUCCAUUUGUGAGGGAGGCGGCUUGAUGUCCUCAUAGGUUAUUUCACCCCCAAUUAUGUUUUGCUGUAAAGAAACUUGAAGUACUAGAGAAAGUGUUUUCUAUUUUGUAAAGACCUAAUCAAGCUACAUUUUCAUAUUUGUUUGUUUUUUAAGUAUUUUUUAAAAGAUGACUCUGAGGAAAUGCUGUUUUAGAUGAUGUUUAAGUGUGUGUACGUCCAGAAAGACUGAACGUUGAGCUGAUUGUUGUUACUAGAAACCAAUUUCUAAAGUGUCUCACUCCAACAUUUAGGACACUAUUGGCAGUUCUUGUAAAGUCUACCAUAGUCAAAACAAGAAUUGAUCGCCUACAGAUGACAAUGUAGGUGAGCCAGUUGGGAAAUGACAAACAUCAAACUACAUUGAGUACGACCACUAAACGACACAACGAAACCCAACACGUACUGAAAGUUUUGGAAAACCAUUUUGUGAUUUGAAUAUAGACGAUGGGACUAAAAGGCCAUCUCAGUAAGGGUAUUCUGCACGGUACUGCCAAGCAGUAGUGCAAGACCAGGGGGAAAUAUGUCCCCUAAGACACUGGGACAUUUAUCAUCCCUGUCACCACUGUCCAUCCCUCUCUAAGAGAAGCACCUAUCUAUUGGGGGUCAGGGCGGCCCUGCUAUUUUUAUUUUUUUUCAAUUUUCUAGAUGGAAGGAGAGGAGAGAUAAAGGGGAAAGGUGCUAAAUGUCAUCGUUAUCGAGUGGCACAGCAUAUUGACACGCAACAUUUUGAGUGGGUGCCAGUGUGCUUAGUGGGCUUGCUUCAUCACAGCUAACACUGCAGGAGGAAUUACCAUCUAAACCUGUUUUGUUUAUUGGACCGCAGGCAGGCUGAUGUAACACUCUGACGUUGAUGUGAAAUGUUGGGAGAGUCACAGCUGGUGCAUGUAUGUGUGGUGGGGGAAGGUGAUGUUUUAUUU